AUGCUCUUUGUUGAAAAUUUUCACAAACAUGAGUGUGCACUUCCGGCGUCUUCUGGCCACAACAGUGGCAAGACGCAACACGGCCGUCAAGAGCGCAGCCGCGGCCGACCAGCUCGGCCCCAACGUCGUCAAGGAGCUCAAGCACAUGUCGCGGGCAGAGUUCGAGGAGCUGCUCAACUCGACGCCGCUGCCGACGCUCAACAGAGACGAGCUGGCGGUGCGCAAGUUCCGGGAGCUGUUCAAGGCGUUUCUGGGCCGCACGCAGCGCGACGGCGCGGGCUCCUCGCGGUCGAUGAUCGCCGAGUACCCGAACCUCGUCCCGACCGCGCAGCACGACCCGUACUCGGAGCCAGAGCUCGUGGUGCGCCAGAAGUACCACGACAGGGUGCUGGGCGAGCUGGGCGCGGAGAUCCGGGGCGUGUACAGGCCGCACGAGCUGAUCACCAGCCCGCCGUCGGCGAACCAAGUCACCGUCCAGAAGCUGCUGGCCGCGGGCGCCCACCUGGGCCACUUCACCAGGCUGUGGAAGCACUCGACGCAGCCGUACAUCUACGGCGUGUACAACGACCUGCACAUCAUCGACCUGGAGCAGACGGUCGCGCACCUGAGACGGGCGGCGAGGGUGGUGGAAGGUCGGUGCAACGGCGUGUACGUGGCCAGCAAGUGGGUGCCGGGGACGAUCACCAACAGCCUGCAGAACGCCAAGCCGCGCGUGGAGGUGGACAUGGGCGACGUGCGGACGGGCAAGGCGCUGACGGACUUCGAGGCGCGGCGCGUGCUGAAGCCGGACCUCGUGGUGACGCUGAGCGCGCGGGACAGCCGGACGGCCCUGGGCGAGGCCGCGCAGUCGCGGAUCCCCAGCAUCGGCAUCGUGGACACCGACUGCGACCCGGCGCUGGUGACGUACGCGAUUCCGGCCAACGACGACUCUAUUAG